GCGUUUCUUCUUGUUGUUCUUUACCGGCACACGGAAGGUUGCUUGUGUACCCCAAAGCAAAUAAGGAAUUGUAUGUUUUGUAGCAAAAAAGUGAAUAUAAUUGUGCUUCAACUUGGUUGUAGAAUUCUGUAUCGCAUUCGAAGUAAAAGUGAUUAAAGUGUUUUUAUUUGUGUGCGUAUUACAUGUGGAAAAAGCACAAAUCAUUGGGUUCGACAAGGAAACGGAGCAGAGCAGUGUUCUGAAAAAGAAUAAAGAUCCACCAUCCGGCCCGGUGACCGAACAUGUCGCCCAGCUCGUUCGUGCUCGUGGCUACGGUGGUCGCGGGCGUGCUAAUUGACGGUGGCUACGCCUGGACCGCCCGUGGCUGCGUCGACCUAGACUCGUCAACGUUUGAUAAGGUAACGGGCAAGUUUCGCUACAGUCUGGUAAAGUUCGAUACCGCCUUUCCGUACGGUGAUAAGCAUGAAGCGUUCACGAACCUUGCGCUCGAAACGGUCGACGCGACCGACGAUCUACUGUUUGCCCUGGUCGGCAUUAAGGACUACGGUGAGAAGGAUAACGAUGAUCUGGGCAAACGGUUUAACAUCGCGAAAGAGUAUCCGGUGAUAAAGCUGUUCCGUAACGAUCGUACCGACCCGAUCGAUUUCCCGCCGGAUGAACCGGUGACGAGCGAAAAUUUGCGCCUUUUUCUCAAGCGCAAUACGGACGUUUACAUCGGGUUGCCGGGAUGUGUACCGAAGCUGGACGAGAUGGCGCAGCGGUUCAUGGCCAGCGAAGACCAAAGCGCACAAAGAUUGCUAAUACAGCAGCUGGAGCAGGAAGAACGCGAAACGGAAGCGUUGGAUGCGACGAAAAAGUCUUACCCGAUGUACAUUUCGCUGAUGCGCAAGAUCGUCUCCGCCAACCAACCGCCGAGGGACGUGGUGAGCGAGGAAAGGAAGCGAGUCGAAAAGCUGCUGGCAGGGAAGCUGAGUGAUGCGAAGCGGGCGGAACUGAAGUUGCGUACCAACGUAAUGCGUUCGUUUGAGGUGCUAAACGGGGCGCUAAACACCGAACGUACGGAACUGUAGAACAAAUAAAUGUUCUUGAGUGUGUGCAAGCUCAGACCAUUGAA